AUGCGUCUAAGCGAACGAAAUAAGCGGCAGCGAGCCACAUCCGCCAGUCAGCCUACGCGUGCGUCGGCCGGAAGACAGAAGGUCGAGCCCGAUCGAACCGCCCCAUCGAUCGAGCAGAUCGAAAAUCGUCAACUCAGUUCUGGCGACGCGAAUUGCUACUUCUCGCGAGGGUUCAGACUAGGCCGGCGGGGGAAGGGGCGGGCCCGGCUGAAGAGAGAGGAGGAGCGUGAGGCUGCCGCACGCUACGUUCCCAGGAGGCUGUGCGCGCCUCUCGCCUCCUCCGGGGUCUUCUGA